CACCAUGAUAGUCGGAGGAUUUCGUCCUUCAGAAGAGGUCGGGUCUUGUGGUAUACAGUUCUUCCAUGUAUAUUCUCCUUGUAAAAGGCAUUGCAUGGGAAUAAGUGUGAGAGUGUUUUAAAUUAUUGGCACAUAUUCGUUUAUUUAAUUUUGAGCGAUCAUGAAUGUGUCACCGAACGGAGCUUACUCGGGUCUGGGAAACAAAGUGGUAUUGAUCACAGGAGCAAGUUCAGGGAUUGGAGCAGGUGCAGCUGAAGUGUUUGCUUGUCAUGGAUCAUCUUUGAUCCUCUGUGGGAGAAAUGCAGAGAACUUGCAACACACUGCAGACAAGUGCAUUGAACUUGGUCUGUCACCUAACAAGAUUGUCCAAGUGGUGGGUGAUGUGACAAUGAGAGAAGACUUGGAAGCUUAUGUGAACAAGGGACUUGAGAAGUUUGGACGCUUGGAUGUUUUGGUGGCCAAUGCAGGCAUAGGAGUCCCAGGAAAUUUGGAAACCUUGACUCUGGAGCAAUACGAGCUCCAACAAUUGGUGAACACAACAUCUGUCUUCAGCUUACUGAAACUUGCAAUGCCAGAGUUGAAGAAAACCAAAGGGAACAUUGUUGCAGUGUCUUCAAUAGCUGGUCUGAGACCAAUUGAUUCAAUGCUGGCGUAUUCAGUGAGCAAGGCAGGGAUGGACCAAAUGAUCCGUUGCAUCUCCUUGGAAGUUGCCAAAUUUGGAGUCCGCGUCAAUUGCAUAAACCCUGGCGCCAUCUUCACCAAUAUUUUCACCAACUGCGGGAUGUUUGGAGAUUCAAAAGUAACCUUUGAUCUGGUGAAUGCAUUGGCAUCCAGCACUCAUCCAUUGGGCAGAUGUGGAAAUGUGUAUGAAACUGGGAAAACCAUUGCAUUCUUGGCAUCAGAUGAUGCAUCUUUCAUCACUGGCGAGACCCUGAGGGUGGAUGGUGGAGUUGGUCUCUCUCAGCCAUUGUUUGACAUCCCCUCUGUGCAAAAUUUAAUCUGACCCAAGUGCAUUAAAAUUCUUAAAAGUGAAAAAAGCACACACACACGUAGGAUGAGAGACGCAGAUUUCCUGCUUUGGUGCAAUUUUUUGAGAAAAAAAAAUACUAUGCACCUGUUGGGCCAUUUCAUCUUCAAAAGUGAUUCCUGUUUUUAAAUUUCUUGUGAUGAAAGCACUCGUGAUUCAAAAUAAAAUGUGGGUUGUUGAAAUCA